AUGGCAACAAGCGAGGAAGUAGUUGCGGCGGCGCCGGCACCGGAGGCAGGGCAGAAGCACAAGCUGGAGAGGAAAUGGACGUUUUGGUGCGACAAUCAAUCCAAACCCAAACAGGGCGCUGCUUGGGGAACCUCUCUUCGCAAGGUCUACACUUUCGACACCGUUGAAGAGUUCUGGUGUUUGUAUGAUCAGAUAUUUAAGCCCAGUAAGUUGCAAAACAAUACGGAUUUUCACUUGUUCAAGACUGGGGUUGAACCAAAGUGGGAAGACCCUGAGUGUGCCAAUGGAGGAAAGUGGACAGUCACUAGCAACAGCAGCAGGAAGGUUAACCUUGAUAAGAUGUGGCUUGAAACGCUGAUGGCGUUGAUUGGGGAGCAAUUUGAGGAUGCUGAGGACAUAUGCGGUGUGGUUGCUAGUGUGCGCCAGUGGCAAGACAAACUUUCAUUGUGGACAAAGACAGCGGCAAAUGAGGCUGCUCAGAUGGGCAUUGGAAGGAAGUGGAAGGAAAUCAUUGAUGUUAACGACAAGAUAACAUACAACUUUCAUGAUGAUUCUAGAACCAAAGGAGCAACAAAGGGUCGAUAUACCGUAUAA